GUGGAUGAAGCUGCGUGUUUGCUCCGCAGUAGCUGCCCACCCCGCACCUUCUCGUGGCACGCAGCGUGCGUGYAGGCGGCUUCUCUUUAUAUGGUGUCGCUUCCUUCCUGGAAGCUUCAGAUGCAUCAGAGGAGAGGAGAGCAAAGCGCGGCACACCUCACAGCUUCACCCCCAGCUGCUGCGCUGUGCGCCAAACCCGCAGCUGCCUGACCCUGUCUGCGCCCCCCGCGGCCCCACAGGCGCACUCAGUUCAAACAUGUGAAGGUAAAAGUCGUGAUUCACUGGAUGCCCGGGGAUUUUUUUUACCUUCCCGUUAUCUCGUGGUUUCUCCUUUUGUCUGCCGCCGAUCAGUUUGUGGAAUGCUCUGCAUUUUCUUCUCUGGGUCGUUUCCACUUCAGGAUGGGAACUGCGGUGUCCAAAAGGAAGAACCUGAGGAGUGACGCGAUUUCUUCCGUGGCCGCAAAAGUUCGAGCAGCCAGAGCAUUCGGAGAAUAUCUGUCCAACACAAACCCUGAGAACCGCAACGGAGCAGAUCAUCUUCUGUCUGAACCUUUCCCCGGUCAGGACUGUGACUCUCCAGACAUCGGCCGUUUGCAUAACAACAAUCUGCCGUUGCGCAGCAAUACUUUGCCUAUAACUAAACCCAGUCAAUCCCACCAGCCCCAUCCCAGGACAAAUCUGCAGUCGCCCCCUCAGGUCGACACCCUCAAAGCUCAAGGACCCUCAGGCCCCUCAAAACGUAGACUCUCUGUUGARMGAAGCCUCUCCUCAGAGGACCCACCAAGUGCCAGAGGCUCCGAGGGGAGCGCUGCUCUGAAGCCUCCCAGGGUGUAUACAAUAACCAGAGAAGGCGGGAUGACUCUUGGGGGCCCCGGAAGCGAGGAGACUGUAGAGUUGGAGGUACUGAAGGGCCCCAGGGAGCACCCGGGCUCCCAACCCUCCAACCCCGCCAUCUACAGCCUGUCCUGCACCAGCCAGCCAGCAGCUACAGCUGCCCGAGGCAGCCACCACCGCAGUAGCCACCAUCGCGCUAGCCAUCACCAUGCCAACCAGCAACAGGGGGGGCCCACAUCAUCCUCAGAACCUCUGCAGAGCUCAAGGAGUGCCAGCAACAUUGGUGACUGGGGGAUGAGGAGAGGCGGCUCCAGGGAGGACUACAGUCCAGACUGCGUGRCCUGUAUUCGAGSRCCGUGCCAAAGCCAGAGGUCACUGGACCUGGACACCUCACCCCGGGAUGGAGGGAAGCCCCGCAAGAAGCUGGAGAGGGUGUACAGCGAGGACAGGACGUCCACUGACGACAGGGAGGAUGGCUCUAAUAGCUGGUUCCCCAAGGARAACAUGUUCAGCUUCCAGACAGCCACCACCACCAUGCAGGCCAUAUCGGCUUUUCGUGGCAUUGCUGAGCGAAAGAGACGGAAAAGAGAGCAGGAGACUGCGAACAUGAUGGAGAGAAAUUUCCGUAAACACCUCAGGAUGGUUGGCAGUCGCAGGGUGAAGGUCCAAACCUUCGUCGACCGCCGAGCCAAGAGCUUCAGCCGUUCAUGGAGUGAUCCCACCCCCRUCAAGCCCGAGUCUAUUCAUGACUCCAGAGACAGUGGCGAGCUUCAGACCUCCUCAGGGACUCUAGAUGAAGGGCUUGAUGAGGAUGCUGACUGGGAGGAGGAGAGGAAUCUGGAGAGGGCGGCCUGCGAAGGAGACGAUUUCAUCCCACCAAAAAUCAUGCUCAUAUCCUCCAAGGUACCGAAGGCUGAGUAUGUUCCCAACAUCAUCCGCAGGGACGACCCCUCCAUCAUCCCUAUCCUAUAUGACCAUGAGCACGCCACCUUCGAUGACAUCCUUGAAGAGAUAGAGAAGAAGCUGACAGCCUACAGGAAGGGCUGCCGGAUCUGGAACAUGCUUAUUUUCUGCCAGGGGGGUCCAGGACAUCUCUACCUGCUGAAGAAUAAAGUGGCCACCUUUGCCAAAGUGGAGAAGGAGGAAGACAUGGUGCAGUUCUGGCGGCGCCUCAGCAGGCUGAUGAGCAAACUGAACCCAGAGCCCAACCUCAUCCACAUCAUGGGUUGUUAUGUGCUGGGAAGCGCUAAUGGAGAGAAGCUUAUCCAGACUUUGAAGAGGCUGAUGAGGCCGUUGUCUGUCGAAUUCAAGUCUCCACUAGAGCUGUCAGCCCAAGGCAAAGAGAUGAUCGAGAUGUACUUCGACUUCCGCCUGUACCGCCUUUGGAAAAGCCGUCAGCACUCCAAGCUGCUGGACUACGAUGACCUCUUGUGACCUUGCCGACUCAACUUCGGGCUUGUCAGCCGGCUAUAGCGAGUCUGAGCCUACUGUUGCACGGUGACAGGGUGUUUGGAUCCCAUUGGGCCCCUGCCCUCUUGGUUGGCCUCGCGGGCCUCUGGCUCUGCAGCAGAGCUGGAGCAGCAGCAGCGCAGUAGGGUGUCUUUUUUGUUUUCUUUUCUAGAACCUUCUGAAAAGGCAGAAUGUGGCCUUGUAGAAACACACCCAGCAGGUCGGGGUUUUUUUUCAAACUCUUACCUAUUUUCACUGUCUGCCUGACUCUGGGGGAUCAGAGGAGGAAGCGGACAGGAAGCAGGAGGAGCUGCAAACCUAAAUGUGUCAGUGAUGCUGAAAGACCGACAGCAGACAACAGAAAGAUCUCCAUGUAAACUUUAGAGCAAAGCUUUUGUUUUCCUUGCCUUGCCUUUAGUAAACUACUCAGCUCUUCUAAGACGGAGACUUUUAAGAAAAAAAUUUAGUCGGUUUUUUUCCACGUGAUAAAGCUUUUUACUAAAGGAAGCAGAGCUUAUAUGUAAAUAAGUCAUCAAAGCAUCUUAGGAACAGGUUUUCAACCUUUCUGUCUGGCAUUGUGUUAAGAAACAGCUUUUAUUGGUAAAAUACAUUUAGAUUUACAAAUUGAAUAAGCUGAAGCUUUUGUUUUUUGGAGUUAAACCUCCAGGUAAACGUGUUAGUAUUUUGUACAGACUUGUAUGAACUCAGGUGAAAUCUCUUAGACUUACUGUACAACUAACUGUAGAUCAGAAGCUGAAGGCCUUUUAUAAGCCACACAUCCUCAGUGGGACGUCACUUCUGCAGCGCAGAGACUUUUUGUUUGGCAUUCUCACGGAGUCGGCAGUAGCUGAACACCCGCGCAUGUUUGUCUGCCUGGCGGCGGUGUGCGGCAGACAGACCCGCUGAGGCGGUUUUAGCUGCUCUUUCUUGAAAUGCUGGCGYACAGGURCCUUUUUUACCACCUGUGUGUGUUUUAGCUGCAUGUGUUGAGCUCAAAGCGUGUUUCCCUUGGUAGCCUGUGAAGAUCUGCAGGUAGACAACCUUCAUAUGAAGUAGGUGAUGCAUAGACUUAUUUGUAUAUUUAGCUUAUUUUCAAUAUUUUUAGUAAUCUUAAAAAAUAUUAUUUUUAAGAUUUAACUUAAAUCUUACAACGUAGCAAUGAUUAGUAAAGGCAAUACUUAGUUUCUUCCUUUCCGUGUUUUUUUUUAUUGAAGCGUUUUGAGCUGUUUGACAGGAACACAGUAGGAUUUGAAAGGCGCCCUCUGGUGGUUCAGUGUUGCUUCCCCGGAGUUGGACUUUAACAUUCAUGGUCUUUCUUGGUGUCUUUUGAUGAGACUGGAGAUUUAUUGUUGUAUCAUAUCUUUUGAGCAGAAAUGCCACUUUUUCUGGCAUUUUUUAAACAAAUACAUAAAAACUAAAAUGUAUAAAAUAUAAAACAUUAGCUAACAACUUUCAUUUGAAAGCAAGCGUCAGCCAUUACUUUUGCUGCUUCAAUGACAUCAUAGAUUAAUACAUUACUGCAGCUAUAAGGUCUGCUAUCUGUAAUUAUUUCUAGGUGUUUUAAUUUUUGCUGCAUAGUCACUCGUAAAGAAUGCUAAAUUAACACUUUCAUUAAAUCAGGAGGUCUGGGCAUGUCAAGGAUGAAGAUUAAAUUGAGGUGACACAGCAGGCUAUUUGAAAAAAUGUUGUGAUUCUUAUGAAAAUAUCUUUUUAACUUUGCUCUGCUGGUGUCUGUGUUCCAGCUCAUGGGUCUGCAACCUGCAGCUCUGGAGCCACGAGUGGCUCUUUGCACUAGGGAUGCACCGAUGGUAAAGUUUUUGACGAUAUCGAUAUUCAAUAUUAAUAUCGCUGUUAUGGCUGAUAACUGAUAUUUACAGAUAUUUUACAUCUAUAUAAAUAUAUAUUUCACUAUCCUUUCAACACCUUAAAAGAAAUGAUCACAGAGCUGACUUAAUUUCAGCUUAACACCCCACAAUCCUUCACAUUAUGUCUGUCCCUGUCACAUGUCCAAAUAAAUACUACAUGACCAGCCUCCAGAAACCAGUGGCAAAAACAUGAAAACAAACAUUGGUUGUUAAUAUCGGCACAGUUUUAUAUAUAUCAGAUCCAUGUCAAUAUGUAAAAAAAAAAAAAUCAAAAAACAUAUAUUUUUCAUCCCUUCCAUAGACUCUCCACAGUGACUCUUAAUGACUUUGUCUACGGCCGACUACAGUGGAGUCCCGACUAUUAGCAGUUUAGCAUUCGUUGAUUUUUCUUUGGAAUAUAACUGCAAAUUAUAUUUGCAUAAAAUUCAUAUUUUCAUGGAUUUUUUUCAUGGAGCAUAUCUGAAAUAUUCUAAAGAAAAUGCAGCUUGGGACGCUUAAAUACCUCGGCUACUUGACACGCUAUUGGCUGGCAUUUGCAAAGCAGUCAAUCCAGAAGCAUCAUUCAUUUUCCUUGGCGUUGAUUGGUUGAACCCCCAAGAUAGUAGAGGAGGAAGACUGUAGAUAUUAGCUUUUGUGGUUGUGCUAAGAUGGUUUCAUAUAUAUGCAUAUUAAGGUAUAUCUGGUGUUUUAACUAUUAUGUUAUGUAGUUAAAUUCGCUUUUAGAGGGGGAAUAAUGUAUUUGUGGAUUUUAUCUAUUCCUGGGUAGUUGGGGUCCCUAACCAAACCACACAAAUACUGGGGGUCCAUUGUUGUGUUUUUAACUAUAGACAUAAUAACAAAUGGAGAUGUUGGCAGUUUUUCCGUUUUUUUAUUGAAAAAUGUUGAGUUAUCACAACAGAAUGAUUAAAACAUAAUUUAUCUUCAGAUCUAAUUUUCUUGUCAUUAGGAAUCUACAAAUAUUACCACAUUGAAGAAAAUGUAUUCAUCCUCUAUUCCCAAAGAAUUAUGUAUAUUUUUUUAAUCAUUAUUAUUUAAUUUAAUUUUAAAGCUCAAAAAUAGAAAUAAAUUGGUGGUUCUUCAAAAAUGAGAAUUUCCUUUAGUGAGCUGUUUCAUGGUUGUAAAUAGGUUUACAUCAAUGGACUGAAGACUCAGCUCCAGACCUCAUGAGGCCUUCACAUGUCUUUAGAACGGCUCCAGAAAUUUAAAGUGAUCUGAUUCCCAUAUAUAAGUUUUUAGAAUUAGUAUUUAGUUUUAUCAUUCAAAUAAAACUAAAUACCUCCCACUGUCAAUUUGAUCAGAAAUCAUAAUCAAUCACAUGUUGGAUUAGAACCACAAUAAGUAGAAAUAAGAUAUGACAUAAAACCUUAAAGGAAUAAAUAGCUGUAAUAAAUAGAAAGUUGUGGGAACAAACUGGUGACUCUGAAACAAAACACUUCAACGUUACAUUUUGUUGUGAUUCUUAAUGUGUUGAAAUAUGCUUCGUGCACCGAGUAUUUACUAUUGUCAGUUGUACUCUUUAUACAGAAACUUUUUUGGAGUCAAAUAAGUAGUCGAUGUUGUUCAGCUGUAUUAUCUUCCUCUGUGGUGAUCCUGCAGUAGGCAGUUAUUCGAACAGUGUGUAAUCAGUGUAAUAAUGGAUGGCCUUCUAUUUUUUUGUGUGUGUCAGCCAGCUGAUUGAGUGUGCACAGCAACAUGUAGGGGAGGGGCAGUGCUGCUGAAAAUCCAUGCAACUGUUUUUGAAAAGGAUGUCUGACCUCUGUCUCCAGUCUGACCCCAUUACCCCGAGUGUGUCAACGCAUCAGCUUUGUGCACACGCUCCACUUCUUCUUCUCUUCUUUUCCUGUAUUUUGGUGGCCCAGUCAAAGCAUUACGUUCAGGCCUGGUGAAGUUCCUGGUUUGUUUUCAGUGUUUUCACGAUGGCCCAUUUACGAGAAACUUUUUUGAAAAUUAGAAAUAAAAAGAUUGUUUUUCUAGAAAACACCAACAAAAAAGAUGUUGAUAAGGAAACAGCCUGAUGGGAAAUAGUACGAAAAUAUAAAAGUUUGUCUUUCUUUCACACCGAAGCCCUUCCUGUGCCUUCCUCUGAUGACUUUGUGUAUUACAUUGUGAAAAAGCAGAGAACAGCUGGAUUUCAUCCUAUCAGGGAUUUUAGUCCAUCCAUACCUGCACAACUCAUCAGAUCGGUAGCUCUGGGUGCAAAAAGACAUCUGAGUACUUUAUGUUUACCAAAACCACAAUAAAGACGACAUCUUUAUAAACACACUGCUGUGUGAAACAAUGUUUCUGGACUCCCUGAAUCAGCAACGUUGGCAGUCGAACCUCCGUCUAAACAACAAGCUGCCUCGGUGUUGCAGAGUGCUGAUUUGAAACUUUUACUUAAUUGGAGAAUUUUAAAGCUGCCGGUGCUGAAUACGCAUGGAGUCAUAUAGGAUGAUUGACGUUUACAACGCUUUGUAUGAAGGUUCUGCUGAGCUGGCCGUGUCCUCCAUUAUAUUUACCCUCCACUUCCCCUCUGAAAGCCUGCAGCUUCACACCAAAUAUGUCCUCACAAAGAUACGAAAGGAAGGGAAGCAGCUUGAGACUUUUUUUGAGGUCUUUUCUUAUUAUUUUUACCUCCUUCUUCUCUGCUCUGUCAGAGAGUUGAGAAAUGCGGAGUAUUUCAGAUUGUUUCGGAGGAAGGGGUGUGAUUCCUCCUGACUUCACAUCCAUCCUUCUCAGCGCUCAAUAAAAGCGUCAGCGUCACGGUCGUGGAUGACUGCGUCCGUUCACAUUGCGUCGAGUCAUUGCCUCUUUCUGAUCUGUGCUGGUCGACUGAACUGGAAGAAGCGUUCAUGGUAGCACAUCGGGGGCAUUUCCAGCUCUGCCUGCAGCUCACAGAUAACAGGCUGGGAUGCUAACACUCUUCGUCUCAAUGUGUCCACGAUAGCAUUAUCUCACACAAAGAUGUUUUCAUAAGGCCACUAGGAGUGUAAAUAUAUUAGUAAAUUUAUAGUGUUUAGAGUUUCACUGCUUUUCGGUGAGGGCAAUAAUCGCAGCUGACAGCAGGGAGUGACUGGUUUCCCUCAACAUGUUGGAGGAAAUUCACAGACUGGAUUACAUUGAUGCACUGAUGGGUGUUUUUUAAUUUUGUCCUCAACGUUGUUCUCAGUUGUAAAACCUGACUCAUAUUUUUUCAAAGUUUUCUUUGAUGUAAAGGAGGCACUGCAUUCACAUGGAAAAAUACAKACUGCAGCGAGGAAACGUCAUAGAYRGAAUAUUUAUGCUGUAACARGAUUUAUUUUCUCAUUGGCUCAACAACAUGGCAGAUAAAUCUAUACACUGAAGUGUUUGUUUAUGUUCAGAUGCAUAUUUUCCAUUUUGAAAGUGUUUGUUUGUAUUUGUCCACCAGAUCGAGUUAAAAUAACACUUAAUAACACCUCCUGGAUAGGCAGCCACCAAACUCUAUCUAUGACCAGGAUAUGUUGCCACGGYAAUAUUGAGCCACUCUGAAAYGUCUGGAACCUCUGAUGUACCGUCACAUGAUCCAUAGUGUUUCCAUAAAACACCCAUAAAGACAUCRGUAAGAGCCCGAUGUGUGUGCGCUCUGUGCUUCAGUUACUUCAUCUCACAUGACGGAACCUUAAGAGAAUCACUGAGAUGAGACCUAGGAGGCUUUUUCUCUGGGUGAAUGCAGUUCUCUCAUGUUAUUUUAUUGCUCAUUAUCUGCUUAAACUUGCAUACUGUUGUUAAAAGGGCAGCCUAACUCAACAGAUUUGUUAAACCCUGAGAACAGACUUUAACAGCUCCAAUAAAUAAGAUAAUGAUUUGUUGGUUUGUUAUUAAAUCAGUAAAAUUUACUUAAACUCUUUCGCAGAACAAACUUCUUUUUUCCAUGUUAAAAGUUGCUGUUCACAGUUAUUAUAAAUGCUAUUAGUUUUAUCUAUUGYCAUGAAAAAUGUUGUGACGUCUUUGUGUUUAUCUCUUUGCGUGCAGUGAAACGGAUCURGGUGCAGAUUUCUGCUUGUGAUCCUUCAASUGUUUUCUAUGUUGUUCUCCUUUGAGGMGAUAUGCUGUCUGAUGAUAUUUCUGUGUGAAUUUGUUCACUUCUUUAUUUGUAUGCAUAAGAUAAGGACCACUGUUCUCAGUAUUGUGUUACUCUGUGAUAUCUUUGGAGGAUAUUGUUUUUGUGAACACGGCGUUGUCGUCGCAGAGCAGAAACAGCCCAGGGACACAGAGCGCCGCGCUCACUGCAUGGCUCCUUUACAUUCUGCUGGAGUUCGUCGCUGCACCAAACGCUUGCAUGAGCCACGCUGCUUUCUCUUUUUUUUUUUUUUUUUUUUUUUUUUUUUUUUUUUUUUAAUGUUGUCUUUGACUAAAGGUCAGAUCCUGGAAAAUAGUUGCACACUUUCUCAGUUCUCCGACCGUCGAAAAGAAAAGUUGCUGUUUGUGACAUGGUGAUCCAUUAGCUGCAGCUCAGCUCAGCAACAGCUUUAUGUGACUCAAAUGACAUUUAUUAAUAUUUAUUUAUUGUAGUAGUCUGUGUUCUUAUUAUCACAAGUAUCCACACACUAUUCUGUUGUCCACAUAUGGUGUAAGCCUCUUGCAAACAUUAAUUUGAAAGCAGGUUUCUAGUAAUCAAUAAUCCAUUCUUGGAUCCAGUUUGAUAUUUUUUACAUUUUAAGGAUGUUUAGAACAGCCAYAAACUUUAGGGUAGGAAAUUUGUUACAAGAACACAUUGGUAAUUGAUAUCRAAGUUUAUAACUUAUCAUACAAAAUAUUUAGAAGCAUMGSUCUCAGGUACAAAUAUUGUGAUGCCAACAGUGCUGCGUGGAGUAUUUGCUCCCUUACAGAUUUUUUCUGCUUUUGCUAUUUUYUUCCUCAUUUAGAUGUUUCUGAUCAUUGAACAAAUAWUAAUAUCAGACAGAGCUGAAUAAAUAYAAAAAGUAGUUUYCAAAKGAUUAUUUUUGAUGUUAAAGAAAAAAACCUGUAUUACCCAACCUGGUCUGAUGUGAAAACAUAUUUCUUCCUCUGGUUGAAUCAUGAAAUACCAACAUAAUAAACCACAAUGUCAGGCCAUUUUCACCCACCACUCCCUGAGCCUAUCAGCUGCCAAACCAAAAGAAUCUAGAAACUAAUUUGAUAGAAUCUGACAAUAUGGAGAAUGUUARAGGGUCUCAAAAAGCAACAUGUUAUGCUCUUUUUUUCCUGUAUGAUCUGUCUGUCCUCUUACAGCUGGUGUGAAACUAACAGCAUUUCAAAAAACAUAACAUUAUGCCAGCAGUUCUCCUCAGUGAUGUAAAAGACUCACUGCCAGUUGGCAAAUGCUUGAUGCUGCUGUUGUAGCCAGAGCCAAAACAACCACUAGGUUUACGGGACAACAUGGCCUUUUGCACAAGGCCAUGCUCGUCUGAUCUUUUUCUUUAAAGUUUGUAACGUUUGUAACUUCGAUAAACAAUAUGUUUUUAACAUAUUAGUUAACUGUCACCAUCCAGCUCCUCUGCUUCCUCCUCUGGUUUUACAGGCAAUGUAGAAAUCGACUGGUCUGUCAGAAACAACUAAUCAGAGCCAGGAGGAGGGACUUAGCACUGUCAAUCAUCCUGGUGUAUGCUCACACCCUCCCACUAGCGCUCUGCUAGGCUAUAGCUAGACCCACCAUGAGCUCUCAAGCUAGUUAGCAUAGCCGUCGAUGACAGUUUUCUCRCAACGGUAAGUUGUUUCUCCACCAUCAGCACAUUGAGCAGUGUGUAGAUGAGCAUGAUGACAGCGCUAAGACCCUUUACCUGACUCUGAUUGGUUGUUUCUGACUGGGAGCGAACGGAGCGUUUCUGCAGAUGGUUAUUGAGAGCACAGGGAGGAAGUGGAGGAGAUCUUUUUUUUUGUUAUACUGCCACASCAUAAUGACAUUUUUCGAAAUAAUGUGAAAAACAUAUUGUUUAUAAAACUUACAUACCAUGGGAAACAGCUUUUCAUAUUUACUCUGAUUAUCUCUGAUGUAAAAAAUUGUUUGAUUAUGCGCAACCUCAAAGUGUUACAAAGACAAGUAACGGUAGAAUGAAUCUUUUGAGGGGGGUGGUGAGUUUUUCACAAGAGGCUUUGAGAAAAGCAGCUGCUGUUUGUUUAAAGGAGCCAARCAGAGAGCCAUGUUGGAAGAGCUCCAGCAAUCUUCCCCGAGAAACGGAGGACUGCCCUCAGGCAUGAAAUACAUAACUCAGAUGUCAAGAGGCUCUGCAUUCAUAUGGGCACAGAUCUGUUGCAGAGGAGCUGACGGAAACAGAUCUGUGCUCGAACGCCACACACGACUUGCUCACUGGAGCAGCCAUUUUCCAUUUCCUGAGAACAUAAUUGCGCGAAUCAAAUCAUUUGUCUUUGCCUCUCCUCUCCUGUUGUUUUGUUAUUAAGAACGGACGACAGAUUAAAUUAUUAAUGAGAGUUGUUGGGUCCUCUCCGCUGCUUCCUGCCGGCUCCCAUGAAGAUUGCCGGGGCUCGGCUGGGAGCCUGAUUGGGUUUGAUGAGGGUGAUGGAUGKAUGAAUGGAUGCUGCUCCAAAAGCCCUCAGACCUCCAGUCGGGCUCUGAUUGUAUUUUGGGGAACGAUGGAAAAUAAUGUGCUUAUGUAACGUCUGUUUUGAUUUCCAUCACCUACAAACUGAGCAUUAUAUUUUAGAAGGGUAAGGUAGAKAYAGUAGGAGUUAUAAAUGUCGCAAUAAGGUAAAAGCAUUCAAGUGUACUGGUAGAAAACRUGCUUAUUAUGAACAUUACUGCAUAUUUGGUGAUUUUGAUACUAAUAAAGUUUAUCUGUAUACUACA